UGUGUUUCAAUAAAGUUGCAGCGCUUUGAAUCAUCAUGGCGUCCUUCAUGGUUCCUGCUGCUGUCAGGUCUUCUGUAAUGUUUUUGUCAACAAAACGACCUCAGCUCGUAAAGAAAAUCUUCCCUCUGUCACGCAGUUGCACCACAGGAGGUGUUUCUGACUCCGGUGACAUCGUGGGCCACUUUGAGCGGCUUGUUCAACGUGGUUCCCUUACGACAGACGCUCAGCAGAGAUAUGUUCUCCAGAGGCUGGCUGUCCUGCAGCAAAACCUAAAGACCUACAGUAACAGCUUUGACCUGAACACCCAGCAGCGCACAGACCGCAGCGGGCAGCAGUUUAUGAAGAAUAAUGUAUCAGAAGAAACGCAAACCCUUCCUGAAGAAUCACGACCACCUAAAGGACUCUAUAUAUAUGGAAACGUUGGCACAGGGAAGACUAUGCUCAUGGAUUUGUUUUACUCCCAUGUGCCAAACAGUCGCAAGAAGAGGGUCCACUUCAACAGCUUUAUGUUGGACGUCCAUAAAAGGAUCCACCGAAGGAAACAAAGCCUGCCGAAGCGAAGACUAGGGAAAAUGUUCACCUAUGACCCCAUAUCCCCGGUUGCCAUGGAGAUCAGCAGAGAGAUCUCCCUGUUGUGUUUUGAUGAGUUUCAGGUGACUGAUGUUGCUGAUGCCAUGAUCCUCAAGCAACUGUUUGAAACUCUGUUCAAAACCGGUGUGGUGGUGGUGGCCACCUCUAACAGACCCCCCGACGAUCUGUACAAAAACGGACUUCAGAGGGACACCUUCCUACCUUUCAUCGACGUGCUAAAGGACUACUGUCACACCAUCUGCCUGGACUCUGGGACUGACUACAGGAGGCUGGACAGGCCUGGAGCUGGAAAACUCUACUACCUCUCGGGGGAGCCUGGAGCAGAGGCUUACCUGGACACACUCUUUGAGGAGAUGUCAAUAAGACAGAGAAGUGUUAUAGGUCCUCGUGUGCUCACUGUGCUGGGCAGAGAUGUGAUUCUACAGAAGACAUGUGGCUCCAUCGCUGACUGUACUUUUCAUGAGCUGUGUGGUAAACCAAUGGGUGCCAGCGAUUACCUGGAGAUGGCCCGGAUCUUUGACACCGUGUUCAUCCGCCAUGUUCCCAUCCUGACUCUGACUCUGAAAGACCAGGCCAGGCGCUUCACCACCCUCAUAGACAAUUUCUAUGACAAAAAGGUGAGAGUGGUGCUUCUGGCAGCAGCUCCAUUAGACCGGCUCUUCGUUCAUACUGGAGGAGAAGAUGAGAGAGAUCGACAGCUGCUGGAUGACCUGGGCCUCACUGAUGAUGCAGCAGAGAGACUCACUCUGUUCACAGCUGAGGAGGAGAUCUUUGCCUUCCAAAGGACCAUCUCUCGGCUGAUGGAGAUGCAGACUGAGACUUACUGGGUGGAGGGAGAUCGCAGUUACAGCAGUAGACACUUGAACAGUUAACCAGUGGAGCUUACUGCUUUGUUUAGAAACUACCUCCUUACAGCACGGUUCCUCACUAACCAGCCACACAACUUAAGGAAAAAAAAUAUUUUUAUAUUUUUUCAUUCAUACAGCAUGAUCCAUGUUCCUUAAGGGCCAAUGUCUUGCAUAUUUUUAGAUUGUUCCCAUUAGGAACACCAGGUUGUGCAGAUGUAAAUGUCAUCCUGAGGAGGUAAUUCAGCAGUUUAAAUCGGCUGUUAAAUUGGCUAAAAUGUUGCAACCAACAUAAAAUAGUUUCUCCUUUUUUCAGAGGUCUUCCAGUGUUUUGCAUGAGAUGAAUAUAUCCUGCAAGAUCUGCUUUCUCCCCCUUGUGGACUGAUGAUUUAAAAGAUAAACAGCCUUUCAGGGAGCAUAGCCCACUGAGGACCAAACAUCCUCUUUCUGCAGUUGUUUAGUGCCCUCUAGUGGUUGAAUGAUUUUAAGACCUUUUUUUUUUUUUUUACUUUUAUUUAAAAUGUUUGAAUCUGUAUUUUGCUUAAAAUAAU